CGUCGCCUUUCCCUGCCCGCUGCCGCCGCCGGAGGCUGCGGGUCCCGGCGGGCCGCGGGCGGAGCGCAGCAGCACCAUGGCAGCACGGCCCAGCGGCGCCCCCGAGACAGUGCGCGAGUUGCCACCUGCUCCUUCUACAUCAAGAACAAGCUUUGCAGAGCUUUCUGUUAGACAGCGAAUGAGAGAGAAACUAAAAGCAGCAAGGACAAAAGCUGAAAUUACUUUAUCACAAGAAGACCCCAGUCCACAACCAAGGCGCUUAAAAGGCAUCAGAGAAAAAAAAACAGGAGUUGGACUGGAUAAAACGUCUGAUGAUGACAAAUUCAGGGAGAUGCCAGAGGGUGAAUCACACUUACCAUCAAAAGUAAAGUUUCGUGAUUCUGUAAAAAAGCUUAAGCAAAAGUCAACAUUCCAGAAUGAUUUUCCUUCUGAGGAAGAAGCAUAUAAUUUCUUUACCUUCAAUUUUGAUGCUGUACCAGAGAAAAUGAAAGCUGAAGCCAGGAGAAAGAAUGGAUUAAGUGAAGAAGAGGUGGAGGACGAAUGUGUCGAAACUCAUGAAGAUGAACAAGAGGAGGAUGAAAUGGAUGACGACGUACGCCUAGUGAAAGAUGAUGAUUUAUUCAUAGGGCAGACAGAUGAAGACCUUGUAGUAGAGAAACCUGUUGAUUGUGAAAGCUACACUGAGCAACUGAAAAGGGAAAAAGAAUUUCUCUUCGUUCCCAGCAUGUUAGCAGUGCCUGCUUCUGAGAAGAUGCCUAGAAAUAUGCAGCCCAGGUACCUUGAGGAUGAAGGUCUUUACACUGGAGAAAGGCCCAUUGUAUCACAGUCUAAUCAAAAUAUUUUAGAAAACAGAAUACUCAGACAGGACCAAGGGAAAGAAUGGUUUGGUGAUGAUGGCAAAAUCUUAGCAUUGCCUAAUCCAAUUAAACAGUCUUCUACUAGGCCUCCAAUCUUCUCACUUGAAGAAGGCAUUGCACCAGAACUUGAAACAGUAUAUAGAAAGGCAACAAAAAUGACAUCUACCAAUCAGUAUUUUGUUGGACCUGGAGAUUUUCAGGGACUGUUUCAAUUGGAUAUUGAUAUUUCUGGGCUGAUAUUCACCCAUCAUCCCUGUUUUAGCCGUGAGCAUGUGUUAGCAGCUAAACUGGCUCAGUUAUAUGAUCAGUAUUUAGCAAGAAAACAGAAGAAUCUUACCAAACUUCUCACAGACAAGCUGCAUGCUUUGAGGAGUGCAGUGCACUGUAGUAUGGAAGGUGGUGGUGAUGGUGUUCCUGUGGCUCAACAAAGCAUACCUGAAUACAAAAUGGAGAUCAGACAAACCAGAAGACUUCGUGAUGCUGAACAAGAAAAAGACAGAAUGCUGCUUAAGACCAUUAUCAAAGUUUGGAAACAAAUUAAAUCCCUCCGGGACUUUCAGAAGUUUACUAACACACCCAUGAAACUUUAUUUGAGGAAGGAAGAGGUUGAUCAGAAAUCAGAUGAAAAAGCAUAUGAAGCAGAAAUUCAGGCCGAGAUAAAGGAAUUGCUAGAAGAAUGUAUGGAAGAAUAUGAAAAGAAAAUGGAGGAAUAUAAAACUGAGCUACAUGACUGGAAAUCCUGGAAGAAGACACAGAAGUCCAAGAAGAAAAAGAAAAAAGAUACUCGUGUAGAUGAAGAAUCAGAAGAUCAUGAUUUUGGUGAGGAACGUAUAAAACCCAUCCCACCUAAAAUGGCCGAUAGCCUGGAAAUAGAGCAGCAGGUUAGAGAAAAAGCUGACAACUGCAGAAGGAAACCUGGAGAGCCUAUUCUAGUUCCUGAGCUGACCCUCUCAGGAAGCAUAACUCCAACUGAGCAGUGUCCUCGAGCAGAAGUUUUGCGACGAGAGGAUGUGAAGAAACGCUCAGCAUUUAUUAAAGUCCUUUUCAACUCCAAAGAAGUGUCAAGGACUGUUACCCGACCAAUAAGUUCCGAUUUUAGAGUUCACUUUGGACAGAUUUUCAAUUUACAAAUAAUCAAUUGGCCAGAGUGUUUGAAACUACAGAUUUAUGAAACGACAGGUAUCAGCAGUACCACCUUGUUAGCUGAAGUGUUCUUGCCUGUUCCUGAGACUGCAGUUCUGACAGGCAGUGCUCCUCUGGAGGAAAUAGAGUUCAGCAGUGAUCAGCGUGUGGUAUUGGAUCAUGAAGGAGUUGGGAGUGGUGUGUCCUUUUCAUUUGAAGCUGAUGGUAGCAACAGAAUGACUUUCAUGACCUCUGGGAAAGUAUCCAGUAGUGUCUCUUGGGCAGCUGGAGAAAAAGGAAUCCCCUUAAUUCCUCCAGUAUCUCAGCAAAACACAGGCAUUCCAAGUGCUUUAAAAAAUAUUGAUGCUAUUGCAUCCAUUGGCACAUCAGGUCUAACUGAUAUGAAGAAACUAGCUAAGUGGGCAGCUGAAGCAAAACUUGAUCCAAAUGACCCAAACAAUGCAGCUCUAAUGCAGCUGAUCAUGAUUGCUACAAGUGGAGAGGCACACGUUCCUGAUUUCUUCAGAUUGGAACAGUUGCAGCAAGAAUUUAAUUUUGUUUCUGAUGAGGAGUUUAAUAGAUCAAAGAGAUUCCGACUGUUGCAGCUCAGAAAUGAGGAGGUGGCAGAGUUCCGAAACUAUAAGCAAGUCCCUUUACAUGAACGAGAAAUCAGUGAGAAAAUCUUCCAGGACUAUGAGAAGAGAGUGCAAGAGAGGGAUGUGAUUGACAGCAAAAAUUAUCUAGAUGCACACAGAGCAGUUGUUGCCAACUAUCUACAGAAGGUGCGAGAAUCAGUAAUCAACCGUGUCCUCAUAGCAAAACACCAUUUCAUUCUCUCUGACCUUGUCAAUGAAGAGGAGAUUCCAGGCCUGGGCAUUUUGGGACUUGGCCUCUUUAAACUGGCAGAGCCAAAACGACCAUUAAGGCCAAGAAGAAAAGAAAGGAAGAAGGUCACAGCACAGAAUUUAUCCGAUGGAGACGUAAAACUGUUAGUGAACAUCAUCAGAGCGUAUGAUAUUCCAGUGAGAAAGCCAGUGAUGAGCAAACUUCAACAGCCAUCAAAGUCUUCAAGGUCCUUUAACGAGAUGUUUGCAGCCUCUCCAUCAGCUCAAAGCCCACCUAACAGCCCAGACUGGGCAUUCAACCAGGUUUUGGUCCGUCCUUUUGUAGAAGUUUCUUUUCAGCGAGCAGUCUGCCGGACAACAACAGCAGAAGGUCCAAGCCCCUGCUGGAAUGAGGAACUUGAGCUUCCUUUUAGAGCUCCUAAUGGUGACUACAGCACCCACAGUUUGCAGACAGUAAAAGAUGAAGUCUUCAUUAAUGUUUUUGAUGAAGUACUUCAUGAUGCUGUAGAGGAUGAUCGUGAAAGAGGAAGUGGAAUCCACACUCGUAUUGAGAGGCACUGGCUGGGAUGUGUUAAGAUUCCUUUUACCACCAUAUAUUUUCAAGCAAGGAUUGAUGGUACAUUUAAGAUCAAUAUUCCUCCAGUCCUCCUUGGCUACAGCAAAGAAAAGAGCGUGGGUAUGGAGAGAGGUUAUGAUUCUGUGCGAAAUCUGAGUGAGGGCUCAUAUAUAACACUGUUCAUUACCAUUGAACCACAGCUCAUCCCCGGAGAGUCUGUCAGAGAGAAGUUUGAUACCCAAGAAGAUGAGAAACUGCUCCAGGCAGCAGAAAAAUAUGAAGCUGAAUGUACAUCAAAGUUCCCAAGCCGCCAGUGCCUAACAACUGUAAUUGAUCUUGAUGGAAAAACAGUUUUUAUUACCAGAUAUAUCAAACCUCUGAAUCCACCACAGGAGCUUCUUGAUGCUGUCCCAGAUAGAUCUCAAACAGCAGCAGAACUGGUGGCUCGAUAUGUUGCUUUGAUUCCUUUUUUGCCAGAUAGUGUGUCAUUUGCUGGAAUUUGUGAUUUAUGGAGCACAUCAGAUCAAUUUCUCUAUCUCCUGGCGGGAGAUGAGGAAGAACACGCCGUGCUCUUGUGUAAUUAUUUUCUUGGUAUGGGGAAAAAAGCCUGGCUUAUCAUUGGAAAUGCCAUUCCUGAGGGACCAACUGCAUAUGUAUUAACUUUGGAACAAAGUCAGUAUGUAAUUUGGAAUCCCAGUACUGGAUGUUUUUAUGGGCAGUAUGAUACUUUCUGCCCCUUACAAAAUGUCUACUCUCUGAUCAGCUGUGAUAAUAUUUGGUUUAAUAUGCAAGAAUAUGAUUCCCCAGGAAGGAUAUAUUUUGAUAUCAGCAAACCAAAACUUUGGAAGCCUUUCUUUUCAAGAAGUUUGCCAUUCCCUGGUCUCCGCAGCAUUCAGCCUGAAGAACUAACUUAUGAGCAUUCAGAUAAGGCUGCUGCACUGGAACUGCAGAGCAGGAUUGAAAAAAUAUUAAAGGAUAAGAUUAUGGAAUGGAGACCAACGCGCCCAACACGUUGGAACAGAUACUGCACCUCCACCCUCCGUAACUUUUUGCCGCUGCUGGAACAAAAUCAAGGCAAAGAUGUAGAAGAUGACCAUCAGGCAGAGCUGCAAAAACAGCUGGGAGAUUACAGGGUCUCUGGAUUUCCUAUUCAUAUGCCAUAUUCUGAAGUGAGACCUUUAAUAGAAGCUGUACAUAGCACAAGAGUUCACACCAUUGAUGUUUCCAAUGUUGAAUUUGCUCUGGCUGUGUAUGUUCAUGCUUAUCCCCAAAAUGUUCUCUCUGUAUGGAUUUAUGUUGCUUCACUUGUGCGAAAUAGGUAGUACAGACCAGUCUGAAUACUGCAGGAAAUUUGCUUAUAUAGGUGUAAAUAUAUGAUUUCUCUCACUGCUGAACUAUUCCAAGUAUUUUAACAAUCAAAUGACAACAUGAUUUUUAGUAGCUUUAUGUGCCCUAAAACCUAAUUAUUAUUAUAAAAAAUAAUUAUUAAAUGUGCCCUAAACUAAUUAUUGCUAAGGAAGAGACUGACAGCAUAAAUUUCCAGUACUAAUAGGUGUAUAUACAGUCUUUUAUAGCUUCCUGUGGGACCUUACACUCUUAAAGCAUUACACGUCCACAUAUAAGUGACAGUGCAGAGUAAAAUGUUUCCUUGGUAUCCCUGUAGCUAGGCAGUUUAUCUACAGAUGAUCUUCCUCUUCAAAAGACACCUGUAAAUAAAAAAAUUCCUGUACCUUAGUUCCUGAAUUUUUAGCUAUGAAUAAAUUUCAUAUACCUAAGAGCCAUCAGUGAAGAGACCAUACUUCAAUUUUUGAGAGGGUGCGUCAUAUCCUGCUCUGUAUUUUGUCUGUAUAAUGCCAGCACCAUUUAAAGCUGGAAGACAUUUUCUUAAGAAGUUAAAGACGAAGGAUUUAAUAAAUAUUUUUAUUAAACCUUAAGCAGAAGCUCAUUCCUUUUAUACAUGAAUUUGAUUAAAUUACUUAGGAGUAUGAAAUCCUUGUCUGCAAGUUAGCAAACUUGUGAGUAGAUGUUUAUCAAAAGAAUAGUUAACUAAAAAUCAAAUUCACUUACUAGUAUAUAAGUAGUUGUGCUGUUAAUACUGAUAUACAUAUUCUUUUCCUGCUGUUAUCCUGCUAAUCAGACUCUUCAACUGAAAAUGGCAGUGGGCUGAGCUUAGGAAGGGUCAGUCACCCUUCUACAGGCCCCACUAGAAAGUACAUUGUCAUCACAUGAUGCUGUGCUGAACACUGACGGCAUCUCCCAAGCUUAUUCCAUGAUGUAUCUGCAGCUCAUUCCAUCCUCAGCUGUGUCUACACUCACCAGUGUUUUUCUUACCUUACUCUUCCGUUUAGCGUGACCAAGAUGGUGGCAAAA